UGCAUGAAUACGCCUCUCACUUUUCUAUAGUUUCAGGCUUUUGAAAUUGUUUCAAUAUUUACAUUUAUUUGUGUUUAUGCAGUAAUAUAUCAGUUCUUAUUAAUUUUGUAUUUAAAUCUAAAGAUGAAUUUCAUAAUGAAUUGUAGAUAACAAUUCUGUUCACAAAACACAGAUAUUUGAUAUACUUACUGGUUCGUUAUGGACACAGAUAUAUUAAGAAUAAUAUUAAGCAGCUGUGGAGGUGCGGGAAAUGCUCAGUGCGAAGAUUAUAAGGAUGUGUCAAGGGAAACUUUACUUUCUCUAGAGUCUGACACAGUACUGAAUACAUUGUGCACUUCACUGAGCAAUCUUCUAUGUUGCAAAGUAUCCAGGGAAGCUUACCAGCGCUACUCGGUUCGACUUUUGAUAAUUGACAUUCUACGGAAAUGGUGUAGGACAACAAACAAUUUUGAACAUCUACAAAUAUUUACAUCUAAAGAAAAUAGCUUGAAGUUUGUGAGUAUUCUUUUAGAUAAAUAUCUCACGGACGAUGUCUUGAGCGAGUGUUACUCGGAGGAUGCUCUGAUAUCUUUAACUAGUGCUGUGAUACACUUGUCCAUUGACAAUCCGUCCUUCAUGCAUCAUUUAGACAGAUUACUCGUAACGCUUUCUCAGCUAGAGACUAACGAUAAGAUUGAUAAAUUCUUGCAGAGUGUUCUAAGCUCAAACUUACGCCUUAAGCUAUCUACAAGAGAACAAAUAUACGCCUCGCAAAAAUUUAAAUUAAUAGAAGAGCCCUUGCUCAACGGUUUCGCGCUCGCGUCUUCCGAUUCUAACAAAGAGGAUUGCGCAAACGAUCAGAGCAACGAGUUAACGCUGAAUCGGUUAUUGGAGUUUAGUGCCGAGUCUGCAUGCGUUUUUCAAUUAACGUUUAACUUUUUGAAGGAAUUAUUAGUUCAACUGCAAUACGCUCCUCUUGUUUUGGAUUUUACAAAGUCAAUGCUAAAGCGAGUAUCUGCCUAUUGCGAAAAUCAUGGUAGAGAUAUACUGGAUCUCUAUCCUAGGAAACUGCGGUCCUGCAUAAUUUUAUUGAGGAUAGAGCCCAGGCAUCAUACAAUGCAGACGCGGGACUACACGUUGCAAACUAUGAAACAAAUUUUCAAUGAAAAUAAGGAUGUCUUAUUAAUCUUAAUGUCGCACUUUCCUCAAUGGCUAGAAUAUUUUGCAAGUUAUGUCGCGAAUGAUGCACGAAGUUGACUGUUGGAGAAAAAUAAUGCAGGUUUAUAAUAUAAAUAAGAUUUCUAUUGUGUCGUAUUAGUAUUAUUUUUGUGCGCGCUUAAUUAUAAAAUGCAGAUAUGUUUAUUAUGUAUUUAAAAAUAAUAAUUCUGAAUGUCUGAAAGGGAGAAAUGCUGACGCAGUGUGUACCAAAGACGGAUCUUUAUUUAUUGUUCAGUCACAAAAUGUAUGCUGGAAUGUUCGACAAUUUAAUAAUGAAAGUUGGCAUCCCGGAUGAUUAAAGCCAUAAAGUCACGUUAACGGCUCAUUCACGCUCCUAGAAUACAUCUUAUGCGAAACGGUGGAUCGAAAAAAUGUCGCGGUACUCGUGCUAUUUCAAGCGGAAUAUUUCGAGAAGGAAGAACAUUCGUACCUUGUGACGCGCAAAAGCAUUUGUCUCUACAUCUCAAAUAAAAAGGAACGUUUUCUGGUGCAAAGGACUACUUAACGCAUAAACUGUAAACGUAAACUGUAAAUCUUUUCAACUACGAGUAUCACUCGUCAAAUCGUGGUGAACAACAUUUAUCGCAAGCUUAAUAAUUUAUUAUUAAUAAUUAACUCCAGAGUAGCUAAACGAAACGGUAGUCGUUAAAAGUUUCUCGUUAGGUAAGUGUGUUGCGAUCUUUUCAAGUCGCAUAAACCCGUUCAUAAAUCGCGCGGUUUUGUAAGUGAGAGGUACGAACGAUAGAUGUCGCUUGAGUUUGACCUGGAUUUUCCAGCGCCUCGUGCGGAUUUCUGCGCGUGCGCGCGUUACUCUUAAACGCAAGUUACGGAACGAUUUCAAUUUUCCGAGGUUGUUUCUUCAGCAGUACGUUUUUCUACCGAGAAUUAAUGCAUUAUCGCGUGAUAAUGUGGUCGGUAAGACAAGAAGCUUUUCGGAGUUUAUGAAUUAACACGCGAUUCGUCGCCGUUUUCGUAUUGAAAGAAAUUUCGAAUUUGAUCGCACAAAUGGAGAGUCCAGAUAGAUGACUCUUCCGCACUGAUCGUGAUGGUUCAGGACAGGUUCGGGAUUCCAACUCGAUACUAUUUUAAUUUCGAGUUUAAUUCACCGAAUGCGAAAAGACCAAAUGUCGACGCAUGUUUCGCAAAAAUAAACUCGGAUGUGUAACAUC